CGACCCUAGCCAGUUCUGAGGCUUAGGCUGGUUUAUUUCUUUUCCAGUCUGCUUUCACACCACUUUUAGUACAUGCUAAAUAAUAAGAUCAGUUCUGGGCCAAGGAACAAACAAGGUAAUAAGCAAAGUCCUGUGAUCACUGUUUCUAGGGGUUUACCAGGAUGACCGAGAUAUCUGAGCCUACUUCUCUGUCCUAGCCCAAAGUCAAGUUCUUGCCUGAAGCCUACUUCUUUGUUUUAGCCCCAAAUCAGAUUCCUACCUGAGCUUACUUCCACAUCCCAGCCCAAGGUCAAAUUCCUGUCAAGUUUCUAGAAGUGGCCUCCAAAACUCUCCACACCCUAUCUCAACUUACAAACCCCAGAAAGUGUAGUGAGAAGCCCACCACAUCUAAUAAUAACAACAGAGCUAAAGCAACGUAUAUCAAGGGUUAACUCCAGCUAUUUGGGUAGACUCUUGGAGUGAAUCAAAUUUAGAAUGGACAAAAGGAGAAAAAGUAACAACGAAUCAAACAUGAAGUUGCUGCUAAGAAGCUUGUAAAAAAAAAAAUCCAAGUUCAAAAUAAAUAAAACACAAACCAGCCAAAAGACCAAAUGGCUAUGUCAAACAUGUCCUUUAAAAACAAACAUGGGCAGUAUCCAGAGAAGAGCAUAACCUUGAGGCCGUUAGUACAUCUAAACUAAGCAGCUUGGCCAGCCGUUCUCAGUGCCGUACAGCCUUACUUGUAUUUGUUUGAACAAUAACGGGGCAAACGGUCAGUCGUGCAGGCCUCUGACUAUGCAGCUAAGUGCUUACUGACCAUCUAUCUAUCUACUUUGCUCAGAACAGAGCACCGCAGUAUCUAAACUGUUUCCUAAGGAAGCAUUCGCCACGAUUACUCUUUAAAUGUUUUUUUAACACCACCCUUGAGAUGGUGUGUCUGACCCAGAGUAACCGAGAAUGCCUUAAAUUCUCUAGUAUGACAUUGAAUUUAUAAUACUCCUGCCUCCACAUCGCAAGGGCUGGGUGCACCCCGACCGAUUUGUGCAGAGCUGGGGGAUGGAAAUCAACCUGGGUGCUUCCAGCACGUGAGGUGAGCCAUACCCCAAGCCUAGACACCCACUCCCGCAGCCAGCCAGUAGUUUGCGUGGGUGACAGGAAGAGCCUAACAGCCCCAACUCCCAGCGUUCGGACGCCCCGCCCCUGCAGUCGUUCGCACGGAAACGGCUGCAGGCUGACCCCGCCCUCGGCCUGUAGCCGCUCCGGGAACCCGGACGGCGUCCGACAGAGGACACACGUCGGAGCGCAGCACCUACUACCACCUGGCUGGGGACAAGUUAUUACUUUGAGUAAUCCUUAAAUGAAGAGUGGGUAAAGCCCAUAUACGGAAGAGAGACUCCAGUCAACAAUAUCAAUAAGUUGAAGAAGAAAAAUGUUGUCCUUAAGCAAUCUACAAAAUAUCAUCUAUAACCCGACAAUCCCCUAUGUCAGUACCAUUACUGAGCAGUUGAAGCCUGGCUCUUUGAUCGUGAUCCGUGGCCAUGUUCCUAAAGAUUCAGAAAGAUUCCAAGUAGACUUUCAGCAUGGCAACAGCCUGAAGCCGAGAGCUGAUGUGGCCUUCCACUUUAACCCUCGCUUCAAAAGGUCCAACUGCAUUGUUUGUAACACACUGACAAAUGAGAAAUGGGGCUGGGAGGAGAUCACCCACGACAUGCCUUUCAGAAAAGAAAAGUCCUUUGAGAUUGUGAUCAUGGUGCUAAAGAACAAAUUCCAGGUGGCUGUGAAUGGAAAGCACAUUCUGCUGUAUGCCCACAGGAUCAACCCAGAGAAGAUAGACACACUGGGCAUCUACGGCAAAGUGAACAUUCACUCCAUCGGGUUCAGAUUCAGCUCGGAUUUACAGAGUAUGGAAACAUCUACUCUGGGACUGACACAGCAGAUACAAAAGUCUGGCAAGCUCCAUUUGAGCCUGCCAUUUGAAGCAAGGUUGAAUGCCUCCAUGGGCCCUGGACGAACCGUUGUCGUUAAAGGAGAAGUGAAUACAAAUGCCAAAAGCUUUAAUGUUGACCUAGUGGCAGGAAGGUCAAGGGAUAUCGCUCUGCACUUGAACCCACGCCUGAAUGUGAAAGCGUUUGUAAGAAACUCCUUUCUUCAGGAUGCCUGGGGAGAAGAGGAGAGAAACAUUACCUGCUUCCCAUUUAGUUCUGGGAUGUACUUUGAGAUGAUAAUUUACUGUGAUGUCCGAGAGUUCAAGGUUGCAGUAAAUGGUGUGCACAGCCUGGAGUACAAGCACAGAUUUAAAGACCUAAGCAGCAUCGACACACUAGCAGUUGAUGGCGAUAUCCGUUUGCUGGAUGUAAGGAGCUGGUAGCUAUCAUGACUGCCAGAACCCUGGAAAUACAAAAUGGCUUAUCCGAUACUGGCCAUGUCAAAUGCAUCUCGCUUUCACCACAUUGUUAUACUGUUAAGUUGAGCUCGCACAACAUCAAGUCCUACUGGUGUUGUCAGGCCUGGCCAUGCAGUGUGGCUACCUCUGAAUUCCCAGGAACAGAUGGGGCAGUCACAGCUCACUGCGAGCGAGGCUCUGCACACCGGGUCCCUCUUAUAAAACUGCACUCAACAAAUAUCUAAGUGCCUAAUAUACUACAUAUGCUAGCUGACAGGGAUGGCAAGCGUACUUCCUCUGUACAUUCUCUGAGCUGGCCAGACAUGGCAGUGCCCACAACUUGUGUGGUGCCUGUUUUCUGGCACUCACAUGUCAUGCGACCAGUUUCUGAUGUAGGGUCUUCCUGCUAGCAUUGCAUUUACCCCACUAGGGGCCUUUGCAGUUAAGAUCAGAAAAAUAUACUAAUGGAUGGAAAACACUACUUCCCCAGUAAUCCUGUCAUAAUCAACAUUCUAUCAUAUCUCAUAACUGAAGACUGCAUAACAUUUAUUUAGCUCUCACUGCUUUAAACUUUAUAAAAUAUAUGAUGCUGAACACAGCAAAAAAACUGAGGCCAAAACGCUGAAUUAUGACAAAACAAGUGUUCUGCUCCAGGCAGAUUUCUGCUGGUUGAUUGGCAGAUUAAGUCCAGGGUGUUUGUGGGUGCCUGUGGCAAAGCGCGGUAGAAGUUUAUAGUUUGAAAAACCCUCUUGGGUAACUAACAUCAAGGUAUACAGUGAGUAUAUAAAACAGGCACUGUCAGAGCAAAACCGAUCCAGGAGGGCAGUGUGAAAAGGUUGAGCUGGUGUGGAGACCAGCCCUCGUGCCUUUGGGUCUGAAGAUGUCGGCACAUCAUCAGUGAGGUCAAGCACUGCUCUGCCUGCUAAGUCGACUUGUAUCAGCAGAUACAGCUUCUGUACUCCUGUAACCUCCAGGAUUUGACUGGAGCCCUAGGUAGUCUUUCUUCACUGGUUGUCACAGAUGUCAAAGGUUUGGCUGUUGGGAGGGGGAAGUGUUACUUUCAUCAGGUCAUUGUAUGAUAUUAAACCACAGGAUAGCAUUUUGCCAGGGUUUAGGAGUAUUCAGUCAACUUGCCCAGAUACACGUAUCAUACAUAGGAAAUAACAGCAUCAGCAAUCUUACUUUUUAGGAAGUACUCAAGGCAGCAACUGCUAGUCCUUCAUUUUCAUGCAAAUUUAUUAUGUUUACUCUAAAAAAUUCAUAUGGGGUGGUGGAUGGAACUGGGCAAUUCGUAGGGAGCCCAGGAGGCUCUAGAAUCCCCCAGUUACUUCCUUCAUGCAUUACUGAGAUGUUGGGGGUUGAAAGGCCCUCAGUUAAAAAUAAAAGCCCAUUCAUACAAAA